GUAGGAAAUCUCUUUUCGAUUCGAUCAACGCGCUGUACGUGAUAGAGAGAGAUAUCAUCGCCAUAAUGCCGCCUCUUUCUCCAUCUUCCUCUUCUUCACUCCAACCCUAAUUUUGGUUCACCUUUUGCCCGCACUUCUUGCCUUUGUGUUUGCUUCCUUGUCCCAUGCCAUCCUGACUUCUUCUCCGCCUUUGAUUUUUGUUGUUCGCCGAGACUUGGACACGGUCAAGGCUCUGAAGAUCUCUUUUUGUCCAAUUGUCCUGGGAGGGGCUUAGACUGGGAGCUAGGAUUCCGUUUGAUCGUGGUUUUGGGAGUUAUGGAACCACGCGUUGGGAAUAAGUUUCGACUAGGCCGGAAGAUCGGUAGCGGAUCGUUCGGAGAGAUCUACCUCGGUACUAAUAUUCAGACGAAUGAGGAGGUUGCGAUUAAGCUUGAAAAUGUCAAGACAAAGCAUCCGCAGUUGCUUUAUGAAUCAAAGUUGUAUAAAAUACUACAAGGAGGAACUGGAAUCCCAAAUGUCAGAUGGUUUGGCGUUGAAGGAGACUAUAAUGUUCUCGUGAUGGAUUUGCUGGGACCCAGUCUUGAAGACUUAUUCAACUUUUGCAGUAGGAAGUUGUCUCUUAAGACUGUUCUUAUGCUUGCAGAUCAGAUGAUUAAUCGAGUUGAGUUUGUUCAUUCCAAAUCAUUUCUGCAUCGGGAUAUUAAGCCUGACAACUUCCUUAUGGGUUUAGGGAGGCGUGCAAAUCAGGUCUACAUCAUUGACUUUGGUCUCGCUAAGAAGUAUAGAGACACUUCAACGCAUCAACAUAUUCCUUAUAGAGAAAAUAAGAAUUUGACGGGAACUGCAAGAUAUGCAAGCAUGAAUACUCACCUUGGCAUCGAACAAAGCCGCAGGGAUGAUUUAGAAUCACUUGGAUAUGUUCUUAUGUAUUUCUUAAGAGGAAGUCUUCCUUGGCAGGGACUGAAAGCGGGAACUAAGAAGCAAAAGUAUGAGAAGAUUAGUGAGAAGAAAGUAUCAACUUCUACUGAGGCCUUAUCUCGUGGUUAUCCUACAGAAUUUGCUUCAUACUUCCAUUACUGCCGUUCUCUACGGUUUGAUGAUAAACCAGAUUAUGCUUAUCUCAAAAGACUCUUCCGUGACCUUUUUAUUCGUGAAGGCUUUCAGUUUGAUUACGUGUUUGAUUGGACCAUUUUGAAAUAUCAACAAUCCCAGAUUGCCACUCCACCUAACCGGACUCUUGGUUCUGGUGCUGGACCCAGCUCUGGUGUGCCACCAACUGCAGCAAAUGCUGAUAAACAAUCAGGUGGGGAAGAAGGUAGAACUAUUGGUUGGUCUUCUGCAGAUCCCUCUCGUAGGAGACACUCUGGACCACUUAUAAAUGCUGGAGGCUUGUCUAAGCAGAAAAGCCCAGUCGUGAAUGACUCAACUGCAGCUAAAGAUUCUAUGUUAUCAAGUUCUAAUUUCUUGCGAUCAAGUGCAUCGUCGAGGCGAGCUGCUGCCUCUAGCAAUCGCGAUGCAGUAAUUAUUAGCAGUGAAGCUGACCCUUCUCGCACUAACACAGCAGAUGCAAGUGCAGGAGCUCUUCUUAAAAUUUCCAGUGGGCAAAGAAGUUCACCUGUUAUAUCAUCCGAGCACCGGACACCUUCAGCAAGAAAUGCCUCAAAUAUAAAGAACCUCGACUCAACCCUUAGGGGUAUUGAGAGCCUGCAUUUUAACAAUGAUGAGAGGGUACAGUUAUAGCCGCACCCGUUCUUAAUGCCGCACCUGUAGAAUGAUCCACAUCGAGGGGACAAUCUCUCAAACC